UCUGUGCCCGCUGCGGCCCGUGAGGAGCCCGGGGCAGGCGCCUUCAGGUGCCGCCUUUCGGCCGCGUGCAAAACCAGGCCUCUCUCGGCGAGUGAGGGCGCGCUCACAGCCCGUGCCCAGCACCCUCGGGGGGAGAGCCCCGCUUUUCCACCCGUGUUUAAGUGAAGGCCCUGCCGAGAGGGGACAGAGGCUUCGUUAACCUGGCUGCUGUCAUAGAGCUGUUCAAUCACUGAGGUUGGAAUAUCACUGCUCAAACACAGAGGGUAAAUGAAGAACGUGAUUAGCCAGUUUGCUCAAGCAUGUAGCCUUACAUCUUAAGAUUUAAAUUAGGUACCGAUGAUUCCUAGUACAGGACAUCUUUGACCCAAAAAGUCACUUAGAAAUUGCCAAAGCAGGCCAUUUAGUAGUGGACCUAUUACACAGAAAGUCGGCAGAAGUCACCAUUCCUAAGCUGGAUUAGCUCUUGAAUUUUUUUCUGGUGUUCUCUACAUCUGCAGAAUUGCCUAUUGGAGCAACUUCUAUUAGCAUCAGCACUCCCAAAACAAGUAGCUGUAAAUCAGCAUUUUAGUGAAUAGCUAUAGCUAUUUCUGCAUAUUUUAGAAUUAUAAUUACACAGCAGAAAUUUUUAAAAAUAAAAGGUCUUCUUUUUGUAUGCUGUGUAAGUGGGCUUAUUUUUAAUUAGCUAGGAAAGCCAGUAAUUUCUUGAGUAGCUUGAUACUACAUAAAUUAAUUAAAGCAAAUCCUAAAUCGCUUGCUCAAGCUUUACUGACUUCUUAGUGGUUUUUAAAGAAUUAUAAUUUAUCAGUGAUAGCGUGAAACAGAAGUUUUGUGUCAAAACAGCAUGUAAAAUAUUGAAUUUCUAGCAAACUUUAAUUCUAAAUAGCUGUAGUGUUUUAGUCAUUUAGUUGUAACUGUAGUUUUCUGGGUGAUGAAAUGAUCUCCUGACCAUGCUGUGAAGAUCUUAUAUUUAUUUCAGAUGAAUUAAAAUCAAAUGAAGUCACAUUUGACUGUUUAAUUAGCAAUAAUAAAGGAAGACAAUAGGUCAAUAAUUAAACUUAAUUCCAACUUCACUAUAAUGUGUUUCCAUGAAUCAGAAGCUAGGUGUUGCUAUGAAUUUAUUUUUCUAUGCAAGUUUGACACAAAUGUUAAAUAUUUCUGAAAUAAAUUCAAUUUUUUAGAUUUUGUCUAUUUUUAUAGGCUUUAAGUAGUCAAGUAGUGUUUGAAUCAGUUAAACUAGGAAAUACUCCCAUGAAUUUUAGGUGUUUUUAAAAUUGUAAAGAAAAAGUAAAAUUUUUUUUUGCAUUCGCUAGUAUUUAUUAUUGUGCCUAUUGCAUAAACCAUGUCAUUUUAAGUCAAACUUACACAGCAGUCAAAAAUGUUAAAAAGACCUCAAAUUCAUAUUUUUGUGGGAGCACCCAGGAUUCCAAGCCUGUUGGAGGGGAUAGAGCAAAGCAGUUCAGCCCCUACUGGUGAGAAAUGGAGAGAGCUGCGCUGUUUGUGUGAUACCCGUGGGUUUGUUCCUGUAAAGGCCCAGGGUGCUGCUGCCCCCUCAGUGCCCCAGGCACAAAGCUCCACACUCACAGGGGUCCCUGCAAGUGGGGACAGUGCUCAGCAGGGCAGGUUCACGGGAAAAGAAGGAAAGGAUUUGACAUCUCCUGCCCCUGUGGCACUAACUUGCACACCUGAGAAGAGCUCAAGUUUAACUUACUCUGAUUGUCAAGUAUCCAAAGGUGGAUUUACACCUGCAGAUGUAAAUCAGGCUGCAGAUCAACAUCUGCCCCAGAGCUGUACAGAAUCAGCUGGACAAGAGAAACCAUCACGUGCCUGCUGCCCAGAGCCCACUGAGAGAAAAGCCAGUCCUUUGGAGGUUAACAGCUCUGACAUUUCUGCUUUGGUUGCCGGUACUGAACGGGUCAGCAUCCAUCUGCAGUCUGUGGGACUUCAGGCAGGUCACAGAAGUGAGCACCGUGAAUGUCUCAGUCAAUAUUUGGAUGUGUUUUUUCAAAAAAGUCAGGAGUCCAAACCAAAAGAACCAAGUGACUGUGCGGACUUUGCAGUGUCAGCAGACACUGAAUUUCGUAGUGUGGUGACUUCAAGUCAGGUGGCUGUUUUUGCACAGAAUGAGAUGCAGGAAAGAAUUGUAAAGCUACCAGAAAUGGAAGCAGGCAAAAAAGCUGAAGAACGACAGUAUAGUCACUUGCAAUGUGAUUCUGGUGUUGGGACAUGUACUACUAAUGUGACUGAAAAUGAAUAUGAGGAGGAUGGAAGUUCUCUUGAACUUUUCAGUUCUGAGGAUGAGGGGGAAAAUGUUUGGAUUAAUGCUACAAAACAGGAAGAAAGUGCUCAGGAAAAUGCAGACGAGUUUCAAGAACUUAAUGUUCCUGCUGAGCAAUUUGUAAAUGAAGUCCAUAUUGAGCCAUUGAGCUCUGGAAUACUGUGCUCUCAAGGGAGCUGUUCUCAUAAGAACUCUUCUAAAAGACCCCGCAAGUAUGAAGAUUCCUUUCAUCUUUUUCACUCAGCAUUUAAAAGACAGCUGAAAUCCAAGAGAGCUAAACUGAAUUCUUCUCCACCUGGUUCUGGGGUGAGAGUGGAUCCAGACAGGAUGACAGAGUUCAAGAAACUCCAAAAGAAACUAUCACUACUUAAGAAUUGCUGCAGCAAAGAUCAGAAGUACAAUAUCUUAGUCACAGCUGUACAUCCUUGUCAUAUCAAAGAAAUACAGCUGAAGACUAAACCAAAAUCUUCUUGUAAAAUUCCUGUAGCAACAAUUGUUGUUAUUGACCAGUCAGAAACUGAGAGAAAGGUGGUGCUAUGGCGUGGUGCUGCAUUUUGGUCCCUCACUGUGUUUCCUGGGGAUAUUGUAUUGCUUACAGAUAUAAUAAUGUAUGAGAAUCCUUGGUAUGGAGAGGUCAUGCUUCAGUCUACAUUUACCAGUCAGUUACUGAAUCUGGGGAACUGCUCAGCUCUCAAUCCAGAAGAAUUUUAUCCUCUAGUGGAUGGUGGUGUUCUCCAUGGCCUAUUGGCUUACAUAUCAUCAGAAUUUCCACACUUCAGAGACAUUCCACAAAGACAAGUUCAGAGACUGGAUGAUGUUCGGUAUGUGCAGUUAGAUCAGCUCCAGCCAAAUACUUUGGUGCACUCAAUUCUGAAAAUUGUCAGUAUUUCUGUGUUAACAGAAUCUGUGUACAGCUACAGAGGUGGCAACCAAAAGAAAAUUAUUCUAACAGUAGAACAGAACAGAGAUCAGCACUAUAGGAUGGUUCUGUGGGGAGCAGGGGCUGCCUGGUGCCCCCAGCUUCAGAGGAAAAAAGACCACAUAUGGGACUUCAAAUAUCUUUUGGUCCGACAUAGUUGCGUCUCAGGUGACUUGGAACUGCACACAACUCCAUGGUCAUCCUAUGAGUGCUUGUUUGAUGAUGACAAAAGGGCAGUUGAAUUUAAAGAAAAGUUUCAGAAAAGUCAAACAUCCCGCAUGGAGUUGACAAGGCUCUCGACACACCUGGAAGAGAAAUGCUCAGGAGUGAUUCAAGUGAAAGCCCAUAUCUUGGAAUUGAAGUUUACCAUUUCCACUGGUCAGUACAAGCAACUCAUCUUCUCUGCUGACACUUCACUGGAAUGUGUUUUGGCUUCUCUGCCUAUGAUUACGUAUGCAGGUUGUGCCAAAUGUGGUUUGGAACUACAGGCAGAUGAGAACAUGAUCUACAAGCAAUGCAUUAGAUGUUUGCCUUACUGCAAAGUAAAAAUGUUCUACAGGCCUGCUUUGAUGACAGUAGAAGAUGAAGGAUAUGAAAUUUAUGUUCAUGUGGUGUCUGAGUUGGUGGAAAAAAUCUUUCUCAACAUUCCUGCAGACUGGCUGAAGAAAUUAGUAGUGCCCUCUUCAGAUGUAACCUACAGCAUGAUAGUAGCAGACCUGUGUCAUUCGCUGCUGGCAGAUACAGAAGCAUCUUAUUUGUUGGAAAUCAGAAGCCACUUCGUGCUAGAUGAGAACAGCUAUCCUUUGCAAAAGGAUUUCCAUCUGAUAAAUUUUCAUCUUGAUCUUUGAUCUCUGCACUAACUGAGUAACAAAGACAAUAAGGACACACAGAUGGGAAGCAGAAGAAAAAUUACUUCACUGAAGGAAGCAAAUCUCUUAAAAAAUUAUAAUAAAGAGUUUUGGUUUUAACUUAUGAAAAAAGCAAAACCUUCAAAAGGACUGGUAUGGAAUAUCUACUAAAUAUAUACUGCUGGAAUAAUACUAAUGGAUUUUCAUAAAGUAUAUUUUUAUACAUGUAUUUUUAUGUUAAUAAUUAUGUUAAUAAACUCCAACAAUUUCUUCUGUAUCUGUUUUCUUUUUCUCUGCAGUAAAGUUCACUACUAUUGAGGGACUGAAUUUUCCUUAGACCUGGCAUAUUAGAGGAGGACAGACAGAUUUCAGUAAUAUUUUAGUUAUACAAUUUUUAUUUGUCUUACCCCAUAUGCUGUCUGUGGCUUUGUGUUUUUGUUUUGCUGUUGUGGUUGCUUUUCCUCUUAACAGCAGAAUUUUUGCCAUUUACCCUCCGCAAUUGCUGCUGCUCUUUUCUCUUGUAAAACAGAAUUGUCUUGUAAUCAUUCCACCUUCUUCAGCUCAAGGUAAGUCUCAAGCACAAGAUCAGAUGGAUUUUAUAUAAAAGGCAGUUGGUAAAAAAAAUUGCUCAUUAUGUGACAGUUAAAAACACUGUAUUAGAUCUCCUUAUUUGCUGAUGUUUCUUGCUUUGAAAUAGCUCUUGUUCGGGAAGAGUCAAAAAGGGCUUCUCUCAUUUAUUUGCUCCACUGGAUGACCGUGAGUACAAGUACAUUGGUAAGUGCAUUAGAAUGUUUCUUCACAAUUCAGCUGAAAUUACUGAACACACAAGCUGGAAGUAUUGUUACUUCAAUGUUUAAGAAGAAAAGAGAAGAGGGCCAUACUGUACAUCAAGUCAGACAGGUGAUUUCCCACCUUAGCGGUAUUUGUUAACAGGCACUGGACAUUGCCUGUGUCUUCUGCACAAGCUCAUAAACCAGCUGUCUGGAACACUACUAACAGCUUACUUUAUUGGUAUGACUGAAAUAAUAAAAGACAAAAUUUAUUUGGUAAAAUAAUUUUAUUCUGGUAAUAUGUAAACUGUAUGAUAACUGUGUAGCUUUUCUUCCCAGAACAAACGCGAUAACUUUGCUUAUCAAAUUGGUUUGCAGUAGUUUUGUGGGACUGAAAUUUGAAUACAACUCUUUGGGGCUGAGUUGCUGCUAUUACUCCUUUAGCAAAGAUGUAAUGAGGGUUGAGCACUUUGUCAAAUUCGUUUAAUGUAAUGAAUUCAGCUAAUUUUGUAUCCAGUGCUGCAAUUAGCAAGACAGACUGAGGGUACCAUGUGACAUAUCAGAUGUUGGAGUCUUAUCUUACAAUUCCUUUGUGGUAUCUUCUCAUUCAUAGUAUUUCCUGUAGAUAAUAACAGUAUUAUCAAAAUGGAAAGUGGCUUCAUCUCCCCAGAGAAGCCUAAUUUUUCUAAGAUUUUGAAUUAAUUAAUAUCAUAUCCUGUUUGGAAGGAAGUUGGUUUGAUUGCAGCUGUAGAGUGAACAAUCCAGUCAACAAUCCCCAGUGAACAAUCAAGAAGAGAAAAAUGUCCUAUUUAUUUUGAUUAGGAACAAUUGCUCUAAAUUAUUCUGCAGAGCAAUAUUUUACUUAAUGAAGAAGACUAGUACUAAAACAGACACAUGCCCAGGGGGCU